AUGGCGUGGAACGCAUGGUGGUGUCGCGUGCGAGAGACUAUGGUACUUGCAGAUUAUGAAGGAUCCAAUUGGGAUGAUAUUGAGUUGGAUAAGCAUGGCCCGUCACCGGCAGAUCCAAAUCCCCCCACUCAAGGACUAGCAAAAGCGCGUGUAAUGCACUCGUUCUUGGCACUUAACGGGACCGUCACCACGCGUGACGGCAAAUACCAGACCCACUCACGGAAGGCACGCUCCGUCAAACCCUCCCACACACACCUUCUCUCAACGCCCUAUUCUCUUUCCCUAACGUCCCCGACGACGCCGUAA